ACACUGAAUUUGGAAGUAUUUUCACUGUACGGAAUCGAGACGAUGGUUUCUGAGGGCAGCUUUGGAGAUACUGUCCAAAGGAAAAGCCUUAAUGUGGGAAAAUAACAUCGUUGAAAAGGCCGUGGCGUUUUUGUAACUACAGUACGUACAUGGAGACCAUAUGUUAGGGGAAGCACCCAUGAAGAUGAAGUACGUCCAAAAAGAGUCCGACUUCACGGAAGACAUGACGCCCAUCAUCCUAGCCGCGCACAAGAACAACUACGAGAUCCUCAAGCUGCUUCUACAGAAGGGACAUCCCAUCCCCAAACCUCACGACGUCAGGUGCACGUGCAACGAGUGCGCUGAAGGUUACCGUACCGACGCCCUGAGACACUCCCGGCAGAGGCUGAACGUGUACCGAGCGCUGGCCAGCCCCAGCCUCAUCAUGCUGUCCAGUGAUGACCCCAUCCUCACAGCGUUUCAACUCAGCUGGGAGCUCAGGGGGCUGUCGACCUUAGAGAACGAGUUCAAGUCGGAGUACGAGCAGCUGUCCAAGCAGUGUAAGAAGUUUGCCUCGGACCUGCUGAGCCACACGCGGGGCACGAGGGAACUGCAGGUCAUUCUCAACCACUCGGACGACAUGGUGGAGUCCGCCACCAGCAGCAACUCACUGGCCAGGCUCAAACUCGCCAUCAAAUACCACCAGAAAGAGUUCGUGUCUCAGCCCAACUGUCAGCAGCUGCUGUCGUCCAUGUGGUACGAGGGUUUCCCGUCAUGGCGGCGGAAGCACUGGGCCGUCAAGGUCCUCAUCUGCGCCUCCAUCGCCCUGGCCUUCCCGCUGCUUGGCAUCUGCUACCUCUGCGCACCCAAAAGCUCACUGGGCAAGCUUAUACGGAAGCCGUUCCUGAAGUUCAUCUGCCACACGACGUCGUACCUGUUCUUCCUGGCUCUGCUGUACCUGGCCUCCAACCCCAGCCUGGUGGGGGACGAGGCAGACGACAGGCCUGACCAGCAGGGGCCGGUCCCCAACACCGUGGAGUGGAUGAUCUUCGUCUGGGUCCUGGGAAUGAUCUGGGGAGAGAUCAAACAGUUAUGGGAAGCGGGACUGAAGGAGUACAUCAGCGACCAGUGGAACGUCAUGGACUUCAUCAUGAACUCUCUCUACGUGGCCACCAUCGCGCUGAGAGUCGUCUCUUACAUCAAGUUUAAAGACGAGACGCUGACCGGUAUCCAUCCGCGCUCCACGUGGCAGGCGGAUCACCCCACCCUCGUGGCGGAAGGUCUCUUCGCUACAGCAAACAUCUUCAGUUCGCUCAGGGUCAUCUUUCUAUUCACCUCCAAUUCCCACCUAGGACCACUACAGAUAUCCUUAGGAAGGAUGGGGUUCGACAUAGUCAAGGUCCUGUUUAUCUACUUCCUGGUGCUGUUUGCCUUUGCGAACGGGCUGAACCAGCUGUACUUCCCGUACAACAACAUGAACGGGUCCCUGCAGACGGACGGGAACGACUACUACUGCUACGGCGUGCGCUGUCACGACCAGAACAACGCCUUCUCAAGUCUAUGGGAAACCCUACAAGCUCUGUUCUGGUCCCUGUUCGGCCUGGUCAACCUGUACGUGACUAAAGUGGAGAACGCGCAGGGAUACAAGCACGCCUUCACGGAGUUCGUGGGAACCUGGAUGUUCGGGGCCUACAACGUCAUCGCUCUGAUCGUGCUGCUCAACAUGCUCAUAGCCAUGAUGAACAACUCCUAUCAACACAUAGCGGACCACGCAGACACGGAAUGGAAGUUCGCACGGACCAAGCUGUGGCUGAGUUACUUUGAAGAAGGCGGAACUCUCCCCCCUCCCUUCAACAUCGUCCCCAGCCCCAAGUUCUUCUGGUACACCAUCAUGUGGGUCAAGAACAGCUGCUCCGAGAUCUGCAACUUCAGGAAGAAACAGCUCAACAGGAUGAGAUCUAUAGGGAAAAUGACGGCUGUCAAGCUCAGAAAAGACAUGGCAUACAAGGACGUCAUACAGAACCUGGUGCGGAGAUACAUCGCAAACGAGAUCAGAGAUAGGGAAAGCUCAGAAGGUCUGUGUGAAGACGACAUCAACGAGCUGAAGCAGGACAUCUCUAGUUUCCGGUACGAGAUGCUGGCCCUGCUGAAGUCGGACGGUGGGGAGGGUGGCCCGGACUCGCUGCAGGACGAGCGGCCGUCUCGACGGAAGCGGCGGACGGGCAAGUACAGCCUAGAAGCGCUGUCUCAGCCGCGCUCCCGGUCCAUGAACAACCUGGACCGCCUGGAGGAACACCCGGCGGUGGAUGAAACGGACUCCGCGAAGGCGUGUCUGUCCCGGCCGCUGGCCGCCGCCGCCGUCAGGUCGGUAUUUCCCGUGCUGGAGCAGCGGCAGAGGAACGUGAUGAACGGGCAGGUUGCCGGGGCGGCGGACCGGACCUGGUCCCGCGGCAACCCCGGCGGCGGCCUGCAGGACGGCAACCCGCUGCUGCUACAGACCGAGCGGGUGUCCAGCAUGGGCAGGAUUAGUAGGACAUUUGUCACGCUGGCGUCGCCCGUGCUCGGGCGGAGAAGACGGCAGCAGAGGAAGGGUUUAGACGAGGAAGAGGACACGGAGCUGGGCGCCAUGUCGCGCACGAACAGGAACUUUGCCAACGAAAACGACAUGGGGAGCGUCUUCACGUGUGCGCCCAUCACCGAAAUCGACGACUCUGCAGAAGAAGAGGCUUCUCAUGAUGAAGAAAACAGCUCGUCAGAAUCUGCAUCUCGACACGAAGUCGUUUGACGGGGAAAAAGACACACACACCUUUUGCCACGCACCUGUUGAAAGUUGUGUUUUGGCAGAUAUAGACAUUACAGACUGUCCCAUAGGAUUCACGCGAAUGUUUCGAUUUCCAGUAGCGAGGAUUGUUGCAUACUGGAACCGGAUUUUACAAAGUUCCUAGGAUUUACCUCAGGAAGCCAGCCGAGCGCGCCGGAGUAACGUCUGACCAGGGUGCUGAACGCGGCGCUUUAAGACACACUGUGUGAGGACCUAUUCACUUAAGGACUUAUUUCUCAUCGUGCGGGCGCACUGGAGAUGAUAGCAUCACAGAAUGGUUAGCAGAGAGCUGCAGAAGGGUUGAGGAGGGAGACUCUUUACCAGUCUUCUUCACUUCCUCAUCUGUUACGAUCGUCAUGUGUUCUGUGACAUUCUUGAAGCCAUUUCAGAUGGAGAGUUCUAAAGAAAUAUGCUUACUAGUCUUUUGGGCUGCCCUACACUGAUGGAAUUGAUAUUCCGAGGAACACUCCGGGCAAGAGGAUAGAACGAAUCCGGGCCUCAAUGUCUCUUACAGAAACGGAAGUGAGGACGCCAUCAUCACCAUUUUCUCAUACACAAGGAUUUAAAACUGAAGUCAUAUUCGUGGAAGAUAUUUUAAACGUCCUAGGUAGGUUAGAAUUUUAAACAAGGGUUUUCUUAGCUUUUACUUCAUAUGCCAGUGCACGACUGAUAACAUCAUAUGACGAUGUCGUACAACUCGGAACUUGGGGAUGACGACAGCGAAACCUGUUGUCGUUGUGGCAACGUGCGGAUGACGUCAUCAGAAUGUGUUGUGAUGACAGUCAUGAGAAUGUUGAUGACGGACAGUGGCGUCAUCUGCGUGACUUGAUGACAUCAUCAAUUCCGCCUCCAAAUUGGAGUUUAUUUUAGAGCAUGAUGGGAUUAGGAUAGUUUGACCCUUGACCUGCCAAGUUGACCUUUGACCAGCCAACUGUAGUGCCUUUCACGAGUCUGUGCAAAGUGCGUGUUGCUUUCUUACUGUAAAUAGUGAAAUUUGUACCACAAGCUGCUAAUAUAUAAACGUAACUGUGCUGCGACGCGUUUACUGCGGAGAAAACAACAUAACAAUGGUCACUUCUUUUCAAAGUAGAAGGUUCUUCUGGAAAGCGCACAUCUAACGUUGAACUUUCUCAUGUGAUAAAAAGAGCACUCUAUAUCAUCAUUAGUCUUGAGUAGUUUUAGAGCGUUUUUCUGUGACAUCACGAGGGCAUCAACAUGGAGGCGGCACAGCCGUUUGUAUUUCAGUGAA